AGGCUCACUUCUCUUCAACUGGUUUUUCGGAGCGUCAUUUCGAAAGUCUCUACUGCUAACGGUAUCAUCUUUGUAAUCAGUUUCUCGCCUUUUGAAAUUUCAUCUUGACACAAUCUCUCUACCGUUUAACGGCAAUGUCUGGACGUGGCGGUCGCCGACGUGGCCCGGGACAGGACUCCGGUAGCGGUCAACCGUCGCCGUCUCUCUCUCGCGGUGGCGGCAGUCGUAGAGGAAGAGGUCGUGUACCCUCUGGUCCUCCUCCUUAUUCCUCUUACACUCCGCCUCGUCCUCAGGUGGCUCCUACUCAGCCACCUCCUCCUUCGGCUCCGUCGACGUCUACGGCUCCGGCGUAUCAUCCUUUGUCGAGUUCUGGUGCGGAAUCACUGAUGAGAGAGGUCUCGCAAAAGCUUACAUUGGAGCCAGAGUCUGCGACGACUGCGCCUCUUCUUCCUCCGUCGUCGUCAAAGGCGAUUAGAUCAGCCCAAAGGCCAGGUGUAGGUCGGGACGGUGAAAAAUGCAAAGUCAGAGCCAAUCAUUUCCUCGUUAAGUUUGCUGACAAAGAUCUUCAUCACUACGAUGUUUCUAUAACUCCUGAGGUAACCUCAAAGAAGACGAACAGAAUUAUAAUGCAACAACUCACUGACUUGUACAAGCAGUCACACCUUGGUGGCCGGUGUCCAGCCUACGAUGGCCGCAAGGGCUUGUACGCAGCUGGUGCUCUGCCUUUUGAGUCGAAGGAGUUUUUUGUUAAGAUAAUCGAUGAAGACCAAGGUCGUGGUUCAUCCAGUUCAGCAACGAAGGAAUGGCAAUAUAAGGUGGCGGUCAAAUUGGUAUCGAAACCUGAUCUUCAUUAUUUGCGGGAGUUCUUGCUUCGAAGGCAUUUCGAAGCUCCUCAAGAAACUAUUCAAGUGCUGGAUGUUGUUCUUAGGGCUAAACCAUCAGAGAAUUAUACUGUGGUGGGAAGGUCAUUUUUCCACCCAGAUUUAGGUCCAAAAGGAGAGCUUGGUAAUGGAAUAGAUUACUGGAUGGGGUAUUAUCAGAGUCUUCGACCCACUCAAAUGGGUUUAUCUCUUAAUAUUGAUGUGUCUGCUCGAUCAUUCUAUGAGCCACUUUUAGUUACGGACUUUGUUACCAAACAUUUCAAGCGUACAAGCUUGAAAAGGCCUCUGUCUGAUCAAGAUUGUGUUAAACUGACAACGGCAUUGAAAGGGGUGAAGGUGCGACUUAUCCACAUGGCGUAUGCAAAAACUUGCAAGAUCGUUGGCAUAUCCAGAUUGCCAAUAAGCGAGUUAACGUUUACUCUUGACGACAAGAAAACAAAUGUGUCUGUGGUUCAGUAUUUCCUUGAAAAAUACGAAAUUGUGCUUAAACAUCCAUCGUUGCCUGCCCUUCAAUCUGGAAGUGAAGCAAAACCUAUUUACUUGCCAAUGGAGCUGUGCCAGAUUGUUGAAGGACAGAGAUACACAAAAAAGCUAAAUGAUCAACAAGUGAGAGCUCUGUUGAAAGCAACCUGUAAACGUCCACCUGAUAGGGAGAGGGAUAUUAGAAGGAUGGUGAGCAAUAAUAAUUUUAACGGAGAAGAGCGUGUAAGUGAAUUUGGAAUUCAUGUUGGACAAGAACUUGCACUCGUUGAAGCGCGAGUUUUGCCUGCUCCAGUGCUUAAGUAUCAUGAUACUGGACCAGAAAAAAGUGUUAAACCUAGUAAAGGGGCAUGGAACAUGAUCAACAAGAAAAUGGUCAAUGGUGGGGAAGUGGAUAAUUGGACUUGUGUGAACUUCUCCUCAAAUUAUGCAAAUAUUUCAAAUGACUUCUGUACACGAUUGGUGGAAAUGUGUAAUAACAAAGGAAUGGUAUUUCGUCAUACCGCUGCAGUCCCUAUCCGUUCAGCUCAUCCUUUUAGAAUUGAUCAAACUCUGCGAGAUGUUUACGAGGAGUCUACAAGGCAGAAGAGGCCACUUAAAUUGUUGAUAAUUAUUUUACCUGAUCAGAGUGGCUCAUAUGGGAAAAUUAAACGAAUAUGUGAGACAGAGUUAGGUAUUGUUUCUCAAUGUUGUCAGCCCAAGCAAGCUUCAAAAUAUUACCCUCAAUAUUUUGAAAAUCUUGCUCUGAAGAUCAAUGUGAAGGUUGGGGGACGUAAUACCGUGCUGAAUGAUGCCAUUGAAAAAACAAUUCCUCUUGUGUCUGAUGACCCUACAAUUAUAUUUGGUGCGGAUGUCACUCAUCCACAGCCUGGGGAAGAUUCUAGUCCUUCAAUAGCUGCAGUGGUUGCUUCAAUUGAUUGGCCAGAGGUAACUAAGUACCGAGGAAUAGUUUCUGCACAGCCUCAUCGAGAGGAAAUAAUCCAAGAUCUCUAUAAAACAGUUCAGGAUCCUCAGAAGGGUGUUGUUCCUAGUGGAAUGAUCAGGGAAUUGCUUAUCAGUUUCUAUAAAUCAACUAGAAGAAAACCUUUAAGGAUUAUUUUCUACAGAGAUGGUGUUAGUGAAGGCCAAUUUAGUCAAGUUUUGCUCUAUGAAAUGGAUGCAAUUCGAAAGGCUUGUGCAUCAAUACAGGAUAAUUAUAUGCCACCAGUUACAUUUGUUGUGGUGCAGAAAAGGCAUCGUACUCGCUUAUUUCCUACUGACACUGCCUCAACAGAUAAGAGUGGCAAUAUCGUAGCAGGUACUGUUGUUGAUACUAUCAUUUGUCACCCCACAGAAUUUGAUUUUUAUCUCAAUAGUCAUGCUGGAAUCAUGGGAACAAGUAAACCCACUCAUUACCAUGUCUUGUAUGAUGAAAACAAGUUCACUGCAGACAACUUCCAAGUGCUCACAAACAAUUUAUGCUACACGUAUGCAAGAUGUACUCGGUCGGUUUCCAUAGUGCCUCCUGCAUAUUAUGCUCAUCUAGUAGCUUUUCGGGCACGCUAUUACAUAGAGGAUGAAACUUCAGACAGUGGCUCUGCAAAUGCGAGACGGAAUGCAAGAGACAGAAACGUGGAGGCUCAACCUCUCCCAAGCAUUAGAGAAAAUGUGAAGGAAGUCAUGUUUUACUGCUGAAUAGGAUAAGUUAGGAAAAGGAAGAGGAAAAUACCUGUGGAUAUGAAUGCUGAAAUGGGUGAUUGCGAUUAUGGGCAAUCAUAUGCCCAUUCAUCCUCUCCUCAUGUUGACUUGCAAAGCCUGGAAUCUGUGCAAAAACCUGGAGGUAUCGACACUAUGAAGUUUAGUAUUCAUCAUUAACCAUAAAGUUGAAG